AUGGCAUGCUGCCUAGCAGAGCACAGUCUAAAAUUUAGUUUAGCAGACGAUCUAAAGGAUCUUAUACAAUCAGUUGCCCAAGAUUCAAAUCUUGCAUCAGAAUUAACUUUUGGAAGAACAAAGGCACAUGCUAUUGUUACCAAUGUUACUGGAUUAUGUCCAACAAAUUUGACAGAAUUAGACCGGGAAUGGAGAACGCUAAGAAACACUAAUCUUCCAUUUCAAGAGGAUCAGCUAAUCAAAGCAGAUGAGUUUUGGCGCCAUAUUUCCAAAAUAAGAAAAGGCGAAACAGGUUUUUCUCCUGACAUAGACCUGUUCUUAGAUGAAUCUCUCAUGCUGUUCCGAUGCCGAUUAGUUUUUAGACAGUAUAUAAAAAGCAAGAAAGCUCGAUACGGCAUUAAAUUUUAUGAGUUGACAACUGCUGAUGGGUAUGUAUUGAAUAUUUACAUGUAUUGCGGCAAGGAUCAUAAUAUUGAACCAAUUGAGACAGAUGCAAGUAAGCUUGAACAAACCGUGUUUCGACUAUUUAGACCUCAUUUGUAUAAAGGACAUAAUUUAUAUAUGGACAACUAUUAUAACAGCGUUACAUUGUCGAAAAAGUUACUCAAUGCUAAAACUUAUACCAAUGGCACUCCAAGGGGUGAAUCGAAAGGGAAACAAAAACAUGUAGUCACUCAGAAACUAAAGAGAGGGAAACACAUUUGGAAAAGGCAUGGUCAAGUAUAUGUGUCAAAGUGGCAGGAUCAGCGACAGGUACUUAUGAUAACAACAAGAGACCACCCACAUUUGAAGGAAGUGAAUAAUAGGUACGGACAAAAGAAGAUCAAGCCAGUUGAAGUUGAAGUGUAUAACAGACACAUGUCUGGUAUUGACAGAGCAGACCAGAUGAUUGCAUAUUACUCGUGUCCGCGUAAAAAAAUACGGUGGUACAAAAAAGUAUUUUUUCAUAUGCUAGAUAUAGCGUCAUUUACUAACAUAGUGUAA